AUGGGGGAUGGGACCAAGAAGGGGAACCAGGAGACCAAUCAGGAGGCACAUGAGUGCCCAGUGAAGGUAAAAGGCACCUGCCUCCCAAUUUCUCAGGAGGGGGAGAUGAAGAAAGUGCAGUGCCCAGCCCAUGUCACCUGUGAGAAGGAAGCUGUGGGUAAGUGGCCCACGCAGCUGUGCUGGGGAGUCACCCACGGCCAAAGCCGGAGGGCUGUGGGGCUGGGUAGUGGGGUGCUUCCCUCCCCAAGUGCUCACAGAGGCAGCCUCCUUUCGCUGCCCGCCCCUUUCUGCCUGCCUGGGCACAUCCUGGCGCCGCUGUGUGAGGAGCUGGCUGGCCUCAGGUGUCCAGAAGCCACCGCACCCCAGCCGCUGGCCUCCAACUUGGUCUGUCACGAAGAAACCAGAAUACUUGCCACAGCCACACCACUUCCCGGCCACAGCAGCACCGCAACCCAUGUGAUCACACACCCACAACUACAGCACCACACAAGCACACACACCAGGAACCACAACACACACACGCCUGCAGACCACAACCACCCAGCCACCUCAGCACCACCUGCCACUUACCAAACCGUGUACUGUGUGCCCACUGAGGAUCCUGGGAGGGAGUCUCCAGGCCUCCCUCUGCAGGCCAAGCAGGAAGUCUGCCUGUCUUCUCCAGCUUUGUCCCACUGUGCUUGGUGCCAGGAGUUAGCAGACUUGCGUGGAGGCACAGACCAACGGGCACACAGGAGCAGGCGGAGCUGGAACUGGAAUCUGGACUCUUCGCCCUGGAUGCUGUUCCCUAAAAACUCAGCCAGGAGGCGCGCUGCAGGGCGACGCGGUGCAGAGAGCUGUCUUGUCUGACUGGGGGUGUACAGGCGUGGCUCUGAGAGGGAGCCCCAGCCCCAAAGCGUCCUUUCCUUGGAGAGGACACCCUGGGGUGUCCUAAACACAUGGACACAGGCCUCUCUGCAUCUCCCAGGUCACUGCUUUCUGUACUGAAUGAAUGACUUCCUGUGACCUA